ACUAUUUUUUGUUAUUUGUAGAAAUACAAAACCAAACCGACUUACUGAGUCUUAGUGGAAAGAUGCUGGGUGUGAGUGCAGGACCAGCUCCCUCUGUGAUUGACAGUCCUGGUACUCUUCUCUGUCGGUAUAUCAACCUACAGCUCCUGAAUGCAGACCCACAAGAGUGUUUAAUGGGAACAGUGGGCACCCUCCUGCUGGAAAACCCACUUGGGCAGAAUGGACUCACCUAUGAAGGUCUUCUGUGUGAAGCAGCCAAGAUGUUUGGCCUUCGCAGCAGGAAGCUAAAGCUGUUUCUGAAUGAGACUCAAAUGGAUGAAAUUACAGAAGAAAUUCCCCUGAACACUUUGAACACGAAGACUGUGUAUCUUUCUGUAUUUCCAACAACGGCUGACUUCUAACUUUCUGUUAUCAGUGUGGUUCAGUCA